AUGACGGCCUCUAACAUGUAUCCCCAAGACCACUUAGCAGAGAUUAUUGGCUACGUAGAACCCUGGAUAGUUGCUCCGGGGGACUCGGUUGCGAUCAAAAUAUCCUGCACAGAACAAGAAUACACAUAUCGCACCGUUCGCUUAAUCCAGGGCGUCGAUCUUGACCACUCACCCAAGAAGGCCGAGGAGGAAGUGUCGGAAAUCCCUCGAGGUCGUCGGAAGGGAAGGUUUCAGGCAGCUCAACCAGGGUCCUACGGCCAUGUUCCAGACUGGGGUUCACCGGAAACGGCGAGAGGCCUUCAAGUGUCUUUUUAUAUGCAACCAUGGCACGUGAGUUGCUCCCAUCCGCAGACAUUUGUAUCUACCUUGCAAGCGGCGACACAUACUGGAUUUGCCAUUGUCCUGAACAGCCAGGGUACUGUCGACAUAUGGCUGGGAAUCAAGCACAACAGAAUCCAUGUUAUCGAGACUUGGCUUCGACCCCAGAAAAAGACUUGGGCGGAAUUCAAUCUCACGCUUCGCGGUCGAUCAGUCAACGCUUCGCUCACACCAAAAGCAUUCAGAGUUGAGCCGAUACCUUCUCAGGCCGCAUUCGAGACCCUGCUAGACGGUGAACCAUCGGUGUACGAGCCAGGGCCGCUUUUCAUUGCAGCGAGCCAGGGUGAUGACUCUUCGGGUUUCGCAGGACGGCGGGCCAUCAAUUUCUUCAAUGGUCGCAUUGACAAUUUGACGCUGAGAACAUGCGACGAAACCCCCGCUGUGCUUGCUAAAUAUGAUUUUGCGCUCGAGAUCUCGAGCGACACUAUUCUCGACGUCUCUGGCCAUGGCCAUCAUGGUACCUUGAUCAAUGGACCAACUCGGGCCGUCAAGGGUCAUGACUGGGACGGGUCUGAAUGUGACUGGACAAAAGCGAAGUUUGGCUAUGGCGCUAUUCAUUUUCACGACGACGACCUGGACGAUGCUGGAUGGGCCACCGAUUUCACCAUCACGGUCCCUCCGAAUGCCCGCUCUGGGGUCUAUGCGGUUGAAGUGAAGGCUACAAAUUGCCAGGAGGCGGACUGGGUGACCUUCUUCGUGCGACCUACAUCGUGGGCCACAGAUAACUCCGACAAAGUCUGCUUCGUUUUCUGCACGUUCACGUAUCUUGCCUAUGCCAAUGAGCGUCUCUACGACACAACACGUGAGAACACUGCCGAUCUGGGGCCAGGUUUCGACAUCAACAAGGUCCUGAAAAGUGACGAGUUCUACAAGAUGCAGCGUCGUCUCGACCUCGGAUUGUCAUGCUACGAUCGUCAUAACGACGGCUCCGGCGUUGUUUUCUCCUCCUCAAAACGCCCCAUCCUCAACGUCCGCCCGGGCUAUGUCAUGUGGGCCUUCUCGCGCCCACGCGAACUCUCGGCCGAUCUCAUGAUGAUUGGCUAUCUGGAGCGCGAGGGCAUUCCUUAUGAGAUCGUGACCGAUCAUGAUUUACACUCGCGUGGGGCUAGCACGCUCCGCGGCUUCAACACCGUCAUCACGGGUUCUCACCCUGAAUAUCACACAAGAGAGUCCUUCGGCGCCUAUGAAAGCUAUGCAAAAGCAGGUGGGAACCUCAUGUACAUGGGCGGCAACGGUUUCUACUGGGUAAGUGCUUUGGACGUUGCUCGUCCGCAUCGACUGGAAAUGCGUCGAGGGGACCGUGGAGUUUCUCCCUUUGCCCUUCCAGGUGGAGAGCACAUCCAGAGUCUCGACGGGCAACAGGGCGGUUUAUGGAGAUCCCGGGGUAUGAGUUGCAACACAUUAUUCGGCGUCGGCUUCUGCGCCCAAGGGACAGGUCCCGGAGUGCCUUACAAGCGGACCGAUGCGUCCAGGAACCCGCAAUUCUCCUGGAUGUUCACUGGCGUCACGGGCGAUUUGAUCGGGGAGCAUGGCUUUGGCGGGGGGGCUUCAGGCGACGAGAUAGAUCGCUACGAUGUGAGAAACGGAAGUCCCGAGGAUGCUGUAAUCUUGGCCACAAGCACCGGUCACAGCGACGACUUUGGCAUUGCUACCGAGGACCUGAGCUUUCCCGCGCUGAACACCCUCGGGACACAAACGAACCUGAUCCGCAGUGAUGUGGUCUAUUAUGUCGGCGCGGGUGGUGGCGCAAUCUUCAGUGUGGGAAGUAUCAACUGGUAUUGCUCAUUAGGUUGGGAUGACUACGACAAUGAUGUUGCAAGGUUCACUGGAAACGUCAUCAAGGGCUUCCUGUUAGGGAAACGAUGA